GCUGUCUUGUUGUAGGGAGAAAAAGAAGGAGAAAAGAUUGAUUUGAUUUUCGAAAUUUUGUAAAAAUUUCUAGAGCAACCCGAUAUCAUGUCUGCUCUGAUGAAAUCGGCAUGCCUAGCCCAGAAGGUGUUGGUAGCCAAUCCUUCAUUGGCCCGCCUGGCUGUAAGGAAUCUGGCUGGCUGGAACAAGGACUACAAGCCGGCUGCCUAUCCAAAAACAGAAAAAGAACGUCUGGCAGCGGCUAAGAAAUACUACCUUCUUCCCGAGGAAUACAAGCCAUAUGCCGACGAUGGUUUAGGCUAUGGUGACUAUCCCAAAGUGGGUGGCGGUUGGGGCGCAGAAGCCAAGGAUACUUACUAUCCAUGGGAUUUCCCCGAGCAUAAGCGUAAUUUGCAUGAACCCGUCUCAGUAGAUCAUGAUUUAUAUGGCGAGGAUCGUUAUUCACAGGCAGAGCCCCCACGCUUUAGCAAUUCAUAUUACUUUGUAAGCUUUCUGGGCGUCAUGUCUGGCUGCCUUGCCCUCUACUAUUGGCUGGAGGAUAAGAAAAUGUAUCGUCCGGUCGCCGAAAAGCAAUAUCCUGGAAAUGGCGUAAAGCACUACACUUUUGAGCAGUAAUUUGGUUGCUCUUCUGAUGAUUUGCAAAUCAGUUAAUUUUUUGUUUAAUAGGAAAUUAAAUCGGUAAAAACAAAUGUGAAA